CGCGAGCAGCUAGCCUCAGAGCUAACUAGCCGUGUAAGCUUUAUUGGUUUUCUUUUGUUUGUUUGUUUUUACAAAGAAGUAGCUAUUGUCAAGUUUGUUAUUGUUGGUGUCUGAUAAAGAACAAGAGGCACAUCGUCGUCAAACACUUCUGACGCCGUUUUCCCCCGGGAAAACACAGAGCCAUGUACAAUGGGAUCGGCCUCACGACUCCGCGGGGCAGCGGCACCAACGGCUACGUGCAGCGCAACCUGUCGAGCCUGCGGGUCAAGCGGCCGCGGGACGAGCGCGGCGGCGAGCGGGACGAGAAGGACCGCGAGCGGCUGGAGAGUCAGCUCAACAGGCAGCCCAACGCAGAGAUCCUGGAGCACCAACGCAAGAGGCAGCUGGAGGUCAAGUGUGCCGAGCUGCAGGACAUGAUGGAGGAGCAGGGGUAUUCUGCAGAGGAGAUCGAGGAGAAGGUGAACAGUUUCAGAAUGAUGCUUCAGGAGAAAGAGGAGCCGGCUCCCGCCACCACCGACAGACCAACUGUGACGGAGACUCACGCUCUGGCCGCCGCCAACCAGCAGAAGAACGACCGCCUGCGCGCCGCCUUCGGCAUCAGCAGCGACUACGUGGACGGCUCGUCGUUCCACGCAGACCGAAAAGAGAAAGAGAAGGAGAAGAGAGAGCAGGAGCGUCUGGAGAGGGAGCGACAGCAGCAGCAGAAAUACACGUUGGUGGAAGAUUCAGACGACUCAGAUUCACCGCCAAAGAAACGCAGUCGAAAGAAGAAAAAGAAAAACAAGAACAGAGACAGCAGCUCAGAGAGUCGAUCUCCGUCUCCACAGAAAGAGAAAAAGAAAUCCAAGAAGAAGAAAAAGAAACGCGACGCGUCCGAAGACGAUGAAGACGAAGAAGAAGAAGAAGAAGACAACAGCUCCUCAGACGAGAAGCACAACAAGGUGUCAAAGAAAAAAGGGAAACACAGCGAAAGCACGAGUCCUCCGAAAAAAACCCGACAGAUAAGCGUCUCCUCCGGCUCCGAUCACAGUCCGUCUCCGGCGCCGCUGCGGUCGCGUCAGAGUCAGCCGGACCAAACGUCGAGGAAAGCUGACGAAGGAAGAAAAGGGAGAUCACCGGACAGGAGGAGACGAGGCUACGAGGAGCAGAGUCCGCAGCGGCAGGGAGGCGACGGGAAGAGGCCGAGUAAUAUCGAGAGAGAAAAAGAGCGGACGAGUGCGACAGACAAGGCGCCCGCCAAGAGGAGACACGACUCCUCCUCUCCGUCUCCACCUCCUCAGAUGGAGAAAGGCAGAGAGAGGGAGAAAGGGAGGCGAUCCCGGAGCAAACCGAGGGAGAGCGAGAAGGCGAAGCGUUCACGAAGCCGAGAGAAGGAGCGGGAGAAAGGGAGGCGAUCCCGGAGCAGGGAGAUGGAGAAGAGGAGGCGUUCGAGGAGCGUAGAAAACGACAGGGAGAAAGGGAGGCGCUCGAGAAGCAAGGAAAAGGAGAAGCAGAGAGGCAGGGAGGUGGAGAAAACGAGGCGCUCGAGGAGUCGGGAAAACGAGAGGGAGAGAGGGAGGAAAUCAAGAAGUAGAGAGAUGGAGAAGGAGAGAGGCAGGCGGUCAAGAAGUAGAGAGAUGGAGAAGGAGAGAGGGAGGAGGUCAAGAAGCAGAGAGAUGGAGAAGGAGAGAGGGAGGAGAUCAAGAAGCAGAGAGAUGGAGAAGAGGAGGAGGUCACGGAGCAUGGAGAAGGAGAGAGGGAGGCGUUCAAGGAGCAGAGAAAAGCGGGAAAAAGACAAAGGAAAGGAGAACGCUCCACUCAGGACCAGACAUGACUCCUCCUCCUCUUCCUCCUCGUCUCCUUCACCUCCACCUCCUGCUCCUAAGCUGGACGCGAGGAGGGCGAGGAGCAGAGAGGCCGACCAGGAGAGAGAUGUGAAAAAAUGGGACAAAAAGACGAGACACGACUCCUCGUCCCCCUCGCCUCCCCCCGAGAGGAGGAGAGAGAGGAGCGGAGAGAGGGAGCGCCGAGCGGAAAGAGAGCCGCACCUGCCGCCACGCGCUACGUACGACGCCGAGAAAAAGAAGGAGGCAGGGAGGAGAGCGGAGAGGGAGGCGUCUCCUCCUCCUCCUCCUCAACAGAAAAAUGACAGGAGGCGAGACGCUCGGUCGUCGCCGGCGCCUCGUUCUCCCGCCGUCAACGGGCGCCAAAGAGAGCGGGAGGAGGAGAGGAGGAGAGAAAAAGACACGCAGCGGAGGAGAGACGACGAGGCGCUCAGACCGCCCGCCGAAGGAGUGCGGGACAGAUCCAGAUCCAGAUCCGGCAGGACAGAAAGACCGGAGACGAAGGAGCGUCCGGAGAAGACGAGGAGCCCGGCGAGGAAGGAGCGGCGUGGCGAGGAGAAAACGAAACACGCCGAGAAGAAGAGAGAGAGCAGCAGUGGCAGCGGCAGCGGGAGCGGGAGCAGCAGCGGAAGCAGCAGCAGCAGCGAUAGCGACAGCGAUUCCUCCUCCUCCUCCUCUUCUUCCUCCUCCUCUUCAUCCUCCUCUUCGUCCUCCUCCUCUGAAGACGAGGGCAAAGGGAAGAAGGCUGCAGGGAAGGAAGCAGCAGGAGGAGGCAGCCCGGCGAAAAAAAGCGCGCCCUCUGCCAUCGGGGCGGCGGUCCAGAGGUAUUUAACCAACGGGAGGAAGGAGAGUCCCGCCUCCGCCUCCGAGGGCGACGCCCCCCGACGAUCACAGAAGGAGAGAGGAGGAGGAGCAGGAGGCAGGGAGAGACCUCCUCCUCCUUCUGCUCCUACUCAGCCGCCCCGGACCAAAGGUCAGGAGCGAUACAGUCCCACGCAGGCAGACAGCCCGAGUCCCCCCCGAGACGCCAGCAGAGGGGAGCGGUACUCGCCCGCCGAAGCCGAGCCGAGAGGGAGAGACGCCAGGAGACCGUCGGCCAGCAGGAGGUCACGAUCUCCUCCCCAGAAAACCUCCCCGGCCCGCCGCACGCCGCCGAGGCAAUAUCAGGAAGCACCGCCGCCCUCCCGUUCCAGGAGAGCGUCUCCUCCUCAUCCUCCGGCCUGGUCGGACCGGCCGAGGGAGCGAGAGAGAGAGAGGGAGCGGGAGAGCGAGAAGGACAGAGAGAGGAACAGAGAGAGGGAGAGAGAUCGGGAACGGGUCGCCAGGAGGAGCAGAUCCAGGUCCAGAAGCCCGAGGAGACGCAGCCCCCCAAUCAGGUCUCGCCGCUCUGCGUCUCCUCAGCGCAGGAGGAGGAACAGUCGCUCCCUCUCCAGAGAGCGAGAGCGAGAGCGAGAAAGGGAGCGUGACAGGAUGAGGCAGCGGGAGGCGGAGAGAGAGAAAGAGAGAGAGAGGGAAAGGGAAAGGGAGAGACAGAGGGAAAGAGAGAGGGAGAGGGAGCGGGAGCAGGCGCGUCUAAAAGAGGCUCCUCAACCCCGCCGAUCCUCCUCCUCCUCUUCCUCCAGCUCCUCCUCUUCCUCCUCCUCGUCGCCUUCGCCAACCCGCGACAGGAAAGACGCCAAAGCAGCUCCGGAGCGAGAGAGGCGGCCGGAGCGAGAGGACGACAAGAGGCGGCCGGAGCAGAAACCUCGCUCCUCCUCCUCCUCUUCCUCACAGGCUCCGUCUUCAGGUGCUCGCGCCUCCCAGCCCUCCAGGAGGUCGCCGGCCGUCAGCCAAUCAGAAGCCAAGCAGCAGCAGCAGCAGUCGUCGAGAGGCCCGAGCAGGAAGCGGUCGCCACCAGCAGCCAAUCAUUCGCCGCCACCACCGCAGCAGCAGCAGCAGCAGCCAGUCAGAAGCGAGAGCAGCGCGGUGAACGGGAAGGAGGAGAAGAAGAAGAAAGGAGACGGAAGCAGCAGCUCCAGCUCCUCCUCCUCCUCCUCAUCUUCAUCCUCCUCGUCAUCGUCCUCCUCCUCGUCAGACAGCUCCGACUCCGAGGCCGAGCAGGAGAAAGGCAACGCCAAAACUCAGAGCUCUCCUUCCUCGUCCUCCUCGUCUGAGAAUGAAAAGGAAACAAAGAAAAAGAGCCCCCCGCGGCCUCAGAGGGUCCCGGCUGAUUCGCUGAGAGAUUCUCGCUCGCUCAGUUAUUCUCCACCGAGGUACAUGAGACCGUCCUCGCCCGGCCGCAGGAGCGGCAGCAGAGGCAGCAGACAGUCGCCGAGCCGCUCGUCAGGCAGCAGACGAAGAAAAUGAGACUUCACUUCUUCUUCUUCUUCUUUUUCUCUGUGUGUGUGUUCGUGUGUGUGUGUGUGGUCUCUCCGUUCACACACACACACACACACACACUUCCGGCUGGUUUGAACUGGACUACAUCACCCAGCCAGCACUCUACACACACACACACACACACACACACACACACACACACACACACACAUCCAAGAGGAGGAAUAUGGGUUUUUUUUUUUUUCUUUUUUCUAAGCAGCGAUGACCAAAGGCGGCUGGCUUGGACAUUUCUUAUUAUGAGCUGAAACACACACACACACACACACACACACACACACACCCCCCCCCCACACACACACCCAC